CUGGAUAGUCACCAAAGCUGAACAAAGCACACAAACUCGGACUCGAACUCGAACUAGAACGUUAACUCCCCCCCCCUCUUCUAGACCAUGGGGUAGAUAGGCCCCGCCCCACCGGCUAUAAGACAAGACAAGACAGACCGAACAUCACAUCAGAGGACAGGACAGGACCAAGAUGUCCGACACCGCCGUCGAGAGCGAAACACAAAAUCCGCGACCAGAGCUCCUCGACCGGAUCUGCCACGUCCUCGACACCACCCAAACCAUCCACUACGCCCCGUCCCUCCAGGCAACCCGUCCCCCAAUCGUCACCAAAGACGCAAUCCUACAAGCCCAGGACCUCUCCCCCCACCGAAUCAACAACAGCUACCUCCUGGAACUCACCCCCACGCAACUCCUAAAAGUAGGUCCUUCCCACCGCGUCCAGCUAUCCGAAGCAGAAGCUAUGAUCCUCGCGCGCCAGCAAACCGCUCUGCCCAUCAUCCCCCGCGUAUUCAAUGCCUACCUGAUCGACGACAUCGGGUUCAUCCUGAUGGAGAAACUGCCCGGCGACCAGCUGGAUGACUCCUGGGAGGGCCUGUCGCGGGCCAUGAAGGUGUCCGUGGCGGAGCAGCUGCGCGGGUAUGUGGAGGCGUGGCGGCGGAUUCGUGGACCGUUUUAUGGCGCGGUGGAUGGCGGGCCCUGUCUUGAUGUGGUGUUUCAUCAUCCGUGGGAGAAUGUCAGGUAUGCCUAUGGGCCGUUUGGGUCGCGCAGGGAGUUUAAUCGCGGGUUGGUGGAGGCGUUGAGGAAUAGUAGGCCUGGGGGGCGGCUGUCGGGGAGGGAUGAGGGGUUUGUGGAGAUGGUUUUGGAGGCUGGGGUGGGGUUGGGGGAUGCGGAGGGGGAGGGGGAGGGAGAUGAGGAGGUGAAGGUGCUGACGCAUGGGGAUUUGCAUCCGUCUAAUAUCCUCGUGCGAGAUGGGGUGAUUACUGGGAUCGUGGACUGGGGGGCUGCAGGGUAUAGUGUGCCUGAACGGGAGUAUUUUUGCAUGCGGUGGUCGGCGUUGGAUCCGGAGUGGAUUGAGCUGUUGACGACUGUUCUUCCGGAUGAUGGGUAUGAGUUUUGGAAAGAGCUCAACUACCAGAUGAUGGCGUAUACAUGCAUCUAA